AUGUCAGGCAUACUACGAAGACUCGUCCACAAUGAUGCGAUGCGAGAGGACCCCAAGGAGAUUUAUGGAUGGAGAGUGUACACACUGGCCUGUUCGGCUUGCUUCGGCGGCAUGCUUUUCGGAAUGGAGACCGGCAUCAUAGGAGGUGUUCUUACGAUGGAUCCGUUCCAAGUAAAAUAUGGGUUAAAGAACCUUGGCGAUGUAGGAGAGGCCAAUCUCUCCGCUAACAUUGUAUCCACGCUACAGGCAGGGUGCUUCUUUGGCGCCCUCAUCGCCUCCCCGGUGGCAGACAAAUGGGGCCGAAAGACAGGGUUAAUAUCUGCAUCGCUAAUUGCUAUCGUUGGCGUUAUCAUGCAAGUUGCAGCAAGUGGACACCUGGAAGCCAUGUACAUCGGACGUUUAAUCAACGGUUUCGGUGUCGGCUUCGCCUCCAUGAUCAACCCUCUCUAUGUCUCUGAAAACUCCCCAAGAGCCAUCCGUGGUGGUCUAACAGGCCUCUACCAACUAUUCAUCACAAUGGGAAUUAUGCUCGCCUUCUGGAUCAACUACGGCUCUACCCUCCACAUCAAGGGCACAGCACAAUACAUGGUUCCACUUGCCAUGCAGGCCCUCCCCGCCCUUCUUAUGCUUGUGGGUAUGCUCCUAUGCAACGAAUCCCCCCGUUGGCUCGCAAAACAAGACCGCUGGGAAGACGCUCGGAGGACGCUCUCCCGCGUACGCAAUCUUCCCUCAACCCAUCCGUACGUCGAGAACGAGUUCCAAGAUAUCGUCAACCAACUCGAGCACGAGCGCCAGCUCAUCGGCGGUUCCGGCUUUUGGGACCUUAUGAAAGAGAUGUGGCUCAUCCCCGGCAACCGCAAACGAGCCAUGAUCAGUAUCUUCCUCAUGGUCUGCCAGCAAAUGACCGGUACGAACGCUAUUAACUACUACGCACCACAGAUCUUUGAAAAUCUAGGCAUCACCGGUACUACGACAGGCCUGUUCGCCACAGGAGUGUACGGAAUCGUAAAGAUGGUGGCAUGUGCCGUCUUCCUAGUCUUCGUCGCCGAUUCUUUGGGCCGUCGACGCUCUCUCCUCUGGACCUCCGUUGCCCAGGGUCUCGCCAUGCUCUACAUCGGGUUGUAUGUCCGCAUUGCGCCCCCGGUCGAAGGCCAGCCCGUCAUCCCCGCUGGCUAUGUCGCUCUCGUCUGUAUCUUCCUCUUUGCCGCGUGCUUCCAGUUCGGUUGGGGCCCCGUCUGCUGGAUCUAUGUCUCUGAGAUUCCGACUGCCCGACUGAGAAGUCUGAACGUCUCCUUGGCUGCCGCGACUCAGUGGCUGUUCAAUUUUGUCGUUUCUCGAGCGGUUCCCAACAUGCUGGCAACCGUUGGUGCUAACGGCUACGGGACGUACAUCAUUUUCGCCUGUUUCUGUUUCUCAAUGGGAGUGUGGGUUUGGUUCUUUAUACCCGACACUAAAGGUCUCUCGCUGGAGAAAAUGGAUGAGCUCUUCGGUGCUACCAGUAGUCCUACUCAUUUGAAGACUGAAGAUGUAGAGAGGAGUGUGUCCCAAGCGGAGGGUGACCACAAAGAUGAAGUUGCUACAGAAACUCGGGUGGAGAGGGUGUAA